UAAGUUGUAAACGUUUUUUUCAAACCGUCCAACCAACAGCUCCAGUACGCGUUCGUUUCGCACCCAGCCCGACGGGGCAUCUCCAUCUUGGAGGUCUAAGGACAGCUUUGUUUAAUUAUUUAUUGGCACGGAAAACUGGAGGUGUUUUUGUUUUGAGAAUAGAAGAUACAGAUAGG